AGUGUCAGUGAAGCUCAUCCGACCGUUUGUUAUGUUCUUCUUUCUGGAGCCUCAACAAUCUGCAACCUACUCGAGCGCACGUACAGCGUUGCGAAGGUGCUUACUGACGGUUUGCUGGCGGAACGGAGCCGAGCGGGUUGCUCUGGAUAUUGUGACGAUGCUGCUAGAACUCCUGCCAAGAUUCCCGGUGGAUUCUGCCGAGGCUACCAAAUUCUCCUCUGAGAUGCUGGAAGAUGUGGCCCACCUUCUCUGCCAUAAAGUCUCACAAGAGUCAUCCUCAGUUCCCUGUGCUGAAUGGCAGGCGUUGGCAGUCCGACUUCGCACCUACGGCGUCGAAAUGCUCACCCAGGGUGCCAAGUUUCAAGUGGAGGCCAGCUCUUUGGCUCUGCAGUUGGUUGCACUGACGGAGACGAUUGCCUCUGUGCCUGACUGCACAGACUCCGAUUUUCUAUUACUUGGAGAAGCACUAGCAGAGGCACCCACUUCCUCAGUUGCCUCCAUUUUACGUCUUGCCCGCGUAAUGGUUGAGAAGAGCGUCUCGUCUGACUCCUACUCCACCUCUACGGCCGGCUGUCUGUGUAUAGCCGCUCUGGUACAGCCGGUUCUGGAGAUCCUGUGCCUUCCCUCGGGCCGAGAGGAGAUGAGGAAGAGUGCGGGAAGACUUGGGCGGACUUUUGUGUCUGACGUGAAGACUGAAGCGGGCCUCCUUCUGAACUCUCUACAAACGUGUCUGGUUGACUUUACGUCGCUCGGACGUUUGGUGGCGCGGUCGAUGGAGCAGCCCGCUCUUUCCCAGCAUGUCCUGGCCUUGGGCUAUCAGACUCAGCUCAUCAGCAGCCUGUACGGACGGCUGACCCGUGUAAUGUCCGAGACGCCCGUGCGAAUGGCAAGUUCAAAAGGACAGGCUGGCGGCAGUGCAGCGGAGGAGGACCCGGCGACCCGCGUUAUGGGCGAGUGGCUGGCGCAGAUGAGGGCAAUCCUGGAGGAAGCAGACUCUUGCAGCGCCCUCUUGAGUCGCGUGGUGGUAGCAAUACUGCUCACCUCCGAUUCUGAUCACGUGACUCGUGCUUCGCUGUCGGUGAUCACCAAAAUAGCAAUGAUGGACCCUGGUCAGACCGGAACAGCACGGUGCCGAAGUGUUGGCCCCGCUGUCCGACAUCUUCCACAUCAGUUCCGGCGAGAGAAACGUCACAUCCGCUGCUCUGGCGCUGGAAGGACUUUACUUUCUGUGUGAGGCCGAGGUCAUAGACUUGAAAUCUCUGUGGAAUGUCCUUGGGGAGAAACUGGUCCACGAGACACGACCUCUGGUGAUGACAAGGAUCUGCCGUCUCCUGUCCCUUUCCCAGGAAAUAUCGAAGGACUCUGAAGCCAAUGAGGUGACUGAAGAGCUCCACCAGCAGGUUGAAGUGGUCCUGAACCAGGAGAAAGCAGCGACAGGUGCUGAGCCGGUUGACAUCACCGUGGAUCAGAUGUUCCCGAAAGUUCCUGGAUCCUGUUACGCAAAUAUAUUGAAGACCUUGUCCGGUCGGUCAGAACUGGAAGGCUACAGAGCGUUUGUCCACUCGCUGGUAAAGAAUGAGGCUGCAAGUCUUCCCAGAGGCGUGUUCUUCUCCUCUCUGCGGAGACAGUCCGUAGCCGCCAGCAAAGGGAAGUCAAUCGAAGCGAUCCCCGCCUUCCUGACGCAGCAGUACGACAAGUGCAAGCAGCCUGGAUUGAGGCCUGGAUUAGCAGGUGCCAGUCCAACCGUCAGAAUGGCACAGAUGUUCGCUGAUGCCCCAGGCGUGGAGUUCAUUCAUGGAGAGGCUUUUCUUCUCACUUCUUGAGAGUCGCAAGGCGGAGGUAGAUCUGCAAGAGAAGCAUGGGCAUGCUUCAGAGGACCAGCUGUUGGAAAGGAAAGCUACAGCCUGGCUUUGGGUUCGAGAUUCCAUCGUCGACGCCAUCAAAAUUGCCUCAAGGGGUUCCCCGGCCGCCCAGGCGAACUGUGUGCUCUCCCUUUCAAGUCUUUCGCUCUUACUGCACAAAUUCUCUCGAGACCUUGACGGCGACAGCCUGCAAGCGGCCAACAGUAGCUCGGAACACAUGGGUCACUCGCGCUGGACAGUGGCCACUACCGAUACGAUCCUCUCCCUCAUGGACAUCAACCACAAGCCCAAAGAAGGGUUGCUGGGGCUCUGCCAGCAGCACUCUUCCUUGGACCGCUCCCCGGCCAGCUCCCUGUGUAGCGCCAUGGCCCGUGUUGCCGCCGGCCAGCUUGUCCCCGUGUUCAUCGCCACGGACGCCGAUCGGAUCCCCGAGCUUCUUGGCCGCCUCUCUCGUGACCUGCCUCUGGGGGCUGCCCCGCUGGAGUCGCCCAUGUCCGCCUUCUGUAACGGGCUGGCGCUGGGCGUGAUGCUGGGCAGGCUGUUCGAGGAGCACUUUGCCGAGAUGACUGGGACAAAGGCCAGGGUGCAUUCUGGGAGUUGGUUUUGCUAUGAGUGGACUCUGCUCUGAUGGAAAGACCGAGUCCCGUGUCCAUGCAGUUACUUUUGUGGAGAAGUUGCAGAACGCAUGGCCUGAGAUACCUGUGGAAGACAACGCCUUCCAGUGCAUGUGUGUUGCCCUGGCCAGCACAGUGGCCGCUAUGUGUGCCACAAACAGCUCCUCUGGAGACACGGGCUUGCUGCUUCUGAACAAGCUGAAGGAAGCUCAUUCUCAAAAUCCGCAAAUCUCUGGAAUCUGUUUGGCUCUUGGAAUUCUGACUUUCACUCUGGACAAGUUAGGCUAUGGCCCCAGCUUACAGAUGAAAGCUGAACUGUUGACCUCCUGGAUGCAGGACGUUGUGAAAGACGAGACACCUCCAAUGGAAAAAGUAUCCAAGCUGAGUGGACUUCUUUCAUUGAUUGGAUCGGAGCAGUCUUUGGUUCCUAUCCCCAGCUCCUCCUCGCUGACCACCCCAGGAGUUGCAGACGCAUCUGUGAAGCAAGCCGUGGAGCUAGUGUGUACGUUUGUGGCUAGCAGCAGUAACCUGGGUGUGCAGGCAGUCAGUGCCUGGAUGUUGGGACACCUGCACCACUCCGCCUGCUCUGUGGCCGAGACCAAGUCAAGUGUUCCAUCAAGCUACAGUUACCUGCCAGAAUCCAGCAUUGUGAGAAGUCUGUUUGAUUUUCUGUUGGAGGCAGGGAGAGAAGGCCCGGAGAAAAUGCCAGAGAGCCAGGUAGCUCUGGCCUUGCACUGUUUGAGAAUUUCCAGGCCACUGCCUCCUGUCAACUGGUCUGCCUUAGUGGCAGCAUUUAUGAGAUUCUCUUACGCCCCAGAAGUGAAGACCAAUGCUGUGCUGUUGGCUGUCUCCCAAGUGUCCACGUCCCCCAGCGCUGCUGUCUUCCUGUCCUCCUGGUUGACCCCGCCCCUGUUCACGUCACUUCCGGUGGAGACACAGGCUGCCCUGCAUUCCCGUAUGGCUGAUGUCAUCAAGUGCGUUUCUGCUAGCACACUAAAGCUGUACCUAGAGAGGAGUUGUCUCCCCGCCUUCACGGAGACAGAAGACGCACACCUCCAGCUGAGUGUGCUGAGAGGUCUGUGCUCCGCCCUCAGCGUGGAGGAUCCGCCAGAGAGUGUCACCAUGAUGUUGUAUGAGACUACAGGCCACUUGUACGCGCUGGUUCCCAACAAGAUCAAUAUUCCUCUUCUACAAGCUCUGUCAGAAUGCUUGGCGCAGGUGCCAGAUGACAUCCUGGACUCGAUCACCACGGCAGACUUCUCGGACGCCACUUCACAGGUCAAGGGCUCCUUUGUGCGCUGCUACUUGGUGGCCACAGGGCGACAACCCAUAGCACUGCUCAACUUCAUGGUGGAUGCUUACUUUAAUGCUGACUACUGGGACCUCAAGGUUGGAAUGUGGCUGCUGGUUCACUGCCUGUGGUCAUUUGUCAAGAACAAAAGUGAGUUCUCUAGUACAGUGGCCAGGCAGCAGUGGCUGAUGGAACUCCUAGGACAUACAAGCAGUGUAGUCACUGGGGCCAUGCCGCUCGCCGAAUCGGCUCCACCCAUGACUCAGGUCAUUAGCAUCAUCAUUGGGAUCAUGAGCUGUGCUAUUGCUGCUGUCACCAACACUAGCAACAAAGAUCUGGGCUUUCUGGGACUUAAUCCUAACAUUUUCCGAAAAACGGAAAAUACACAACAGGGGAAUGUUUCGUCAACUGCGCCCAGCACAGGAUCACUGUCGUCUGAGGAUACUGAUCUUCAUGGGAUGAGUGGAGAGUUCCUCCAGGCGGUGAUAGACAUGUCCAGCGAUAUGACUCGUUUUCUGCCCUCUGCUAUGGAAGUCUUUACCUCGAAACCCUGGAAUGUUCUGACAACAAAGGCUCUUGGAUGGAUUACUUCUUUCUUACAACUGGAGCAUGUGUCAGAGGGGGACAAGAAGACCCUGUCAUAUGCACUGAUGGUACUGAGACAUAGCCCAGAAUUCAAGCCAGCGACUGUUUGGACCAAAGCUAUGAUGACACUUGACACCCUCUGAGCUCUCAUGAUUUUCUUUGUUUAUUCAAUGUUCUGUAUGGAAGGAGAAUCUCUUUUUUUGUCCCGUGUCCUGAUUUGGUGCCGAUAUUUGUAGGUUAUUUUAAAAAUAUGUCCACAUGGUAGUAAUUGUCAUGCUUCAAGAAAAACAAAACAGGUAAAAGGAAAAUUGUUAGGGCCGUGAUAAUGAUGAUGAUAGUGAUGAUGAUGGUGAAUGGAAGGAGUACAUGUACCUGAUGUCCUUUCUCUGAAGGGGAGGGAAGUGCUAUUUUCUAGCAUCUCAGUAUGUUGUCCGUUUUCAAUAUAUUUAUUGUCCUACGUUUUCUGAAAGUGUUUUGCAGAAGUUCUCCGAUCUGUUUAUUGUUCCUGUGUUUGUGUGUAUUCUAUGUAGGCCUACACUCUUUUUUUGUGCAAUUAUGUUUUGUAUGUUUCCUCUGCACAGAAAUUCAAAAUUUUAACAUGUCCAUACCAUGACAAAUAUCCCUAUCACACAUGUAAAAUAGUAAGACACACCCCUACAUCCUGCUUGAUUCAAAAUAUUAAUUUGUUCCUCCUUUGGAGCAUACUAAAGAAGUCGUAAUCUGAAGAGAGAGGAGUAGUACUUGGGCAAUCUAUUUCCUUUAUGUCCACUGCCCAGGCAAAGCUUUAUUAUUAUUAUUAAUCUGAUGUGCAUAAUAAUAUGUGGAGAAAUGAUUAGUUCAGUUGUUCAGACAACUUAAAGUUAAAGAGAGCCGUGAUAGUCUAGAAAUGUCAAUGUUUGUGAUGUAUGUAUCUGUACCUUAGAUUUAAGGCUAGAUGUCCACAGCCUCAGCUCCUCACUACUCCGCUCCUCAUCAUAAUGUCUGGACAGAAACGUGCAGGUUGUCUUUAUCCACACCAUGCGUAUAUAUUUUGGCGCGUGAUGCAAAAUGGCGCUGACAUGAAAACGCAAAAUCUUUCUUUUGGUGGUGGUACAAAAGGAAAUAUCUCUCCAAUUAUGUCGUCACCUCACCAAAUUAGGAGAAUCCAGUCUCCCAGCCCAAAUAUUCUCUGCUGAAGAAAAAUGCAUAGACUAUCUACCUAGGUGAGCUUAUCAAUCGCUAUCUACUGAUGAAGAAAGAUGCAUUUGAUUUUCUUCUGACUAUGUGCACCCCUGGCUUAACUGAACAGCUUUUUUUUUCCUUGAUCAUUAAUCCCAUCAGCAGCAGCAGCAGCAAUCAGUCACCCUCUUUAUAGUUAAAAACCCAAUUUACUAUUGAUGAAUAUAACGAUAGGGUAAAAAAAACAGCAUAUACUGAUUUCAGAGUAGAAUGGUGAGCCACACCAUAACAAUAUAACACACCCGGCGCUCAUGUGACCUUAUGCAGUUGCGAGCGCAGUAAAACCUCUACUAAAACACAAACAAUAACUCACCCGGCUUUCCUCACAACCCGUAAAGUGUUCGACAUGUUUGACGCACAAAAGUGAGGAGCAGUGAGAUGCAAAACGGAGCGGAGCUUGUGGACAUGUGCUUUUAGAAACCUCUGCUGUUCAAGUGAGGGAGGACAAAGCUAGUUGUUUUGGACAGGAUAUUCAGAUAAAUGUUAGACCUGUUGGACCAUGCUUUUUUUCUCUUAGUAGUAUUGUUUAUUAUUAGUUCACCUUUUUACGGGAUAGAGGACAGUGUUGUCUUUACUAUGGUCGUGGCUUACCUAUACAACAUGACCACACAGGUUUUCUCUUUCUAGGUGUCUUUUGAUCUUUUCCAUCAAACAAAAGUAUGAAGAAAAUAUUGAAAGAGAACAUUCAUCCAAAAGCUUCCUGAUAAAGUGAAAUGUUCAAAGACAUGGUUAAAAUAAUGUUUUUAUUUUAUUGAAAAAAAUCUAUUUAGAAAAAUACUGUCACAUGUUGCAAUACUUAAAGCAUUGUUUACUAUACAACACAUAGCAAAAUAGUCCAAUUUAGACCAAGGGUUCUGAAAAUACAUGCAAGUGCAAGCAUCAUCAUACUGAAAAGUCUCUUUCAGAAAUGUUUACUGUUGAAAUGUGUGUGUGAAAAAUGAUUGCUGAAUAAAAGUAUGAAUUAUU